AUGCGCAGAGGCACCGCCCUCCUCCCUGCGCACGAGUCGGCCAUCUGGCGAGGGCACGCUCGGCGGCGGCGUGUGUUUGUCCUCUUCAGCUCGGACGGCGGGCUCGAGUGGUCUUCCCCCUCGGAGAUCACGUCUGCCGUCAGCGAGGACGACUGGACGUGGUGCGGCCUCCUCGGCAGCCGCUUCGAGCUGCGCAGCCACACGGUCCUGAGCGACGACGGCGAGCACUUCCGCAAGGGCGGCGCCUCGCCCGCCGCCGAGACUAACGAGUCCACCGUCGCCUCCGAGCAGCUCUCCGACCCGCUGCCGGCGGGCUGCCACGCCUGCCUCCUCGCCGUCCCGGGCGGAGUCCUGUACAGCGGCCCCGCGGGCAAGGCGUCCGCCCUCGGCCUGGGCGGGUCGGUGGCUCGCUUCUGGAGGGAGGAGCUCUACAACCUCCUGCGGAAGAAGCUCAGCGGCCGGGGGCACGCCAAGGGGAGCUCCGCCUUCUGGGAGGGGAGGCACACGCUGCAGCUCCGCUUCUCGCCCGACGGGCUCGACUGGGCCGCCCCGCCCCUCACCAUCCACGCGGGCCCCGCCGCGUACAGCUGCGCGGAGGCGCUCGGCGGCGCGGCGAGCGGCGUCGGCGUCCUCUUCGAGGCGGGCGAGUCGCGGCCCGACGAGACGAUCCGCUUCUGCCGCGUCCCGCCCAGCUGGCCGUGCGCCGAGAACUGAUUGA